AUGGCUCUGACCACUUGCUUCCACUACAUCUCCCUACUUUUUGGUCUGUACACUAUCGUUCUUGCGGACUGCGGCACAGCCAUUCAAUUGGAGGACCUCGAAGCCUUGAACAUGACCUGGGUCGAACCUGACAAAGCCUCUAAUACCUCUACCGGGAUGCUGGUCCCCGACGAGAGAGCAGCCGGGCAGUUACCAAGCACGCAGUCCCACUACUGCGGUGGUCAAAGUGUCUUCAACCCCGAAAAUUAUGGUCCGGAUAUCUUCUCAGCACAGGCCUUGCUGUUGUUCGAUAGGCAGGCUACAGGCGCCAACGGCCAUAGUUAUCCGGACAUUUUCCAAAAUGUCGAAAACCUGAGCCCCAUAGUAUGCGACAUUGCCGGUUACGAUGGUCCGUACUACGAAUGGCCUGUGAAGCCUACUGGGGGCUUUUGCGUUGUGGGCCGGUGGCCAGGGCCAGAUCGGAUGAUUCUUGGUGUUAUCGAGAUCUGCGUUCCCAACUUUCCCGGCCCCCAGAAGAGAAGGAAGUCUGGCUUCUUUUGCGGCUUCUUGACGCACAGAGGCAUGCCCUAUAACGGUUUUCGAAUGUGUCAGGUGGUUCCAGGUACAGGCGCGGGCCCCUAA